UUCAGACUUGGAUCUCUGAAGCUACAGAAGAUUUUGAGUCCAGCAGAGGUGGUUAAGGAGCUCAUUGGCUCCUGUCUGGACUGUCUGGGAAGACUGCAGGCAAAAAACGAGCAUCUGCAAAAGGAGAAUGAAAGGCUUCUCAGCUGCUGGAGCGAUGCAGAGAAGCGGCUAGAAAAAUGUGUGGUGGCUAAAGAAGAACUAGAGGCAGAUCUCUAUAACCGUUUUAUUUUGGUGCUGAAUGAAAAGAAGGCAAAGAUAAGAAACUUACAGAAGUUGUUGAAUGAAGCCAAAGAAUCUGCAGCAGCUGCCAAAUAUACAAGGGAUACUAUAGCUACUACUCAGAUGGUCACAGGGGGAGAAAAUGAAUAUGAUGGCAGCACUGAUGAGGAAAGUGAAAAUUUAACACAGCCCUCAUUACCACCAGGUAAAGGUUAUCAAGACAACUUGUCACAGCAUUUUCGUGUGCAUACUGGGGACCAGAAGUGUUCAGCACCCUGAUACCAGUGUCAUUCAGCUUUAUAUCUCAUUAUCCUGUUGAGGAUUUUCUGAUAUAGUAGUAUUCAUUAUUCAGAUAUAAAGUAGUCACUGCCAGAAAAUGGAGAAAGUUUCAGUCAUGGAAAGAAAUAAUUUUAUAUUGUACUGUGCUUUUUUGUUCAGACAUCUUUGUUUUCAAGUGUGU